AGGGCGAAUAUGUUCGUUCAAAUAAUCAUCAAACGAUACAUCAGGCUUACACCUGCAUAUUUCGUCGUUAUACUGAUAGCUAUAUUGAAUUUUACCUGGCACGAUCGUGUCUCAGCGCUUCUUCCCGCUGAUCAUCCAAGUGUUAAGUGUCCCAAAUAUUGGUGGACUAAUAUACUAUACAUAAACAACUUGUUCCAUGGGAAUGACUUAUGUCUCAUGUGGAGUUGGUACCUGCCCAACGAUAUGCAGUUCUUCGUAUUUGGUACUUUUCUCCUAAUGUUAUCGAUCACGCAUUACAAUGUUGCCAUUGGCUUAGGCGCUUUUAGCUUAGUUUCAUCGAUAUUAUCAGUCGCUUACAAGGGAUACACCCUUGAUUACCAGCCUUCGAUUGACGAAUUAUAUAACAGGGGGAAACAUCUUUAUAUACGACCGUGGUAUAGAAUACCGCCUUAUCUCAUAGGAAUGGCUACAUGUCAACUUCUUACAAAAUGCAAUUUCAAAUUAAAUUUAUCAAAAAAAACCUUAAUCAUUGGAUGGAUCUUGGCAUCUUUGUGUAAUGGUACGAUUCUCUUCGGACUUGAUAACAAGAACAUACCCUUAAGUCUAUCCGUUCUUUAUUUGUCCCUAAGUAGAACAGGCUGGGCCUUAAGUACUGCAUGGGUGGUAGUUGUAUGCACCACGAACCAUGCCGGUAUCGUGAAGAAAAUGUUAUCACUAGAUAUUUUCGUUAUUUUGAGUAAAUUUACGUAUGGUGCUUAUCUUCUAAACCCUAUUUUAAUAUAUUCGAUUCUUUCGUCGAGUUAUUAUUCUUUCUACUAUGAUAGUGUCACCAUUAGUAUUCUGUUCGUGGCAAUCGUUGUUUGUAGCUUCAUUGCUUCUAUUUUGUUAUUCAUAACAGUGGAAAUGCCGUUUGUAUCACUCCUGAAAUUGCGUAAUGGUGCACCAAAAAAAAGGAAAGAAACUGCUAGUGACAAAUUCCUCUGAGUCUUUAUUAAAUUAUUAAAUUAUUAAAUUAUUAAAUUAUUAAAUUAUUAAACUAAUAACAGGAAGUUCACCUUUCAUAUGUCAAAAUAUAGGACAAUAUAUAUGUUUACGACGACGAUCACCGGACUUAGUGUAAUUCAUUGUUUCAUAACAUUUCAUUAUACAUGAUUUACAGUGUUGUUUUCUUCAAACACCUAGAAAGGGGAAUUAAUUAAGAGGAUCACUUGCACAAAAGUUUUGCACGUUCUUCUAAGAAAGUGAUUUGAACGACGAAAAGAAACUCAUAUACAAAUAACUAUAGAUCACUGAAAGAGGUGAAAGGGUCUUUGCCGUUCAGUACAAGACGACCUCCUCGCAGUUGUUUCUCAUUCCUAACACUGUCAGUUGCCUUGCAUGUUAAAAAACUAAAGAUUUCGAGAUCACGAUAAGAAAAGUAGACAAUGCUACAAGUUCACGUAUAAAAGGUAAAUCGUGCUGUCUCAUACUAGAAUUCCAUCGAUGAUACAAAUCUUCGACACCAAUUUUUUAAUGGGAUUAAAAUUUACUCUCGUUCGACGUGCAUAAUACGUAAUUUGGGCAGAAACGUCACAAAUUUCAACUUUACAGCUUUUCGAUUUUUGUACGAUCAUGGCCCAACUGGUCUCCGUAAGACCAUAAGGUCAGCAAAGAAUGAUCGUAACCUAAUCCAUUACUCAGGAUUCAAAUGCACAUAGAGUAUCCGAAACGCUGAGCUCGAAAGUGAUGUAGCAACAAAGAUUAUUUGCUGGAAGGAAGAGAGGCUGAUGAAGAUUAUUUAUCAGUACGAAUAAUUAUAAAACUUAAUUUAAACUGGUAUAUAAAUUACGUGUUUAGUGUAAUAUGUUAAUUUGAGUGUAAGGGCAGACUUAUUCGAAAAAAACGUCCAAUGACAUCUCGGACGAGACAUGUUGCCACGGAUAAGACACAAUAAUUUGUUAUUUAAAUGUUUUGGACUUUGCGAGGACGUUCGAUUUAAUGUUAUUGGCCACAAGUGACGAAACCACUGCUACUGGUAUCUGGAUUAUGGGGCCACUCGAAAAAUUCAUGCCGGAAUGAGGAGUGAGGGAAAGAGAGAAGAGGGAAGAGUCACAAGACGCUGAUCAUUGCAGAAAGAAAAAUUCCGACUCGGUGUAUUCAAUUUUGGAUACAAUAAUGUUCGAAGGACAUUAGCACGGAACACAGACUGAUCGAUACAACAGUAGGUCAAAAUACCAAAUUUCAAAAACGUCACAGAUCAACAGGUAACUAACGGAAACUCCUCGCAGCUUAUUUCCAUAAGAAGCGAUCCGCAAUUUCGGUUAGCGACCUCAAAGCGUCGUUCUAGCAUAAUAUUUCGUUAUCCAGAUACUACAUAAAACGCAGAAUUUGACCUUUAUUUUACAUCGUAUUUUCCACACAUGUGAGUUUUAGACAUCGUGUACUAUUUGACGAAAUAUGGCGUCAUUCGUAACAGGCGAACAUGUUCUACUGCAUGCGACAUGGGGUCAAUCGUCGAUAAGACAAUAAAUGAUAUGAGGUGAAAGGAAACAAAUGCCACGGAUAACUAUUUGGAAUACAGGAGUUUUAAAACGUCAAUUAUCCGAACUGAUUGAGAGAUAGAAUAGUUUCUAUAAGCUGUGUUUCAGAUAAUUGAUUCGAGAAGAAUCAAAACUACAGGAGAUAUAGAAAAUAACACAAUCCGUUUUAGAUAUAACGAAAUGAUUCCUUCUAAAAUAAAUGAUUGUAUUCCA